GAAGGGGUGCCGUGAUGGAAGGAAGACCAGGUUCCAGGGUCUGGGCGGCGCGGAGGCGGUGGCACUUCCCCCAAUUUCUCGAUCUCAAGGUGGGGCACUGUCUGUGUGCGGAGGGGCUUUCCGGGCUCCCCAUCCCUGCGGGAAGCGUUCCCCCGCCCACUCACCAUCUGUCAAGGGGAAGACCCCCAGAGGCAGGAGGUCCGGCCGAAGUAAGCGACUCAGGACACCACUGGGCCCUCUGAAAAGAGGGGAGACGCAGCCCUCUGCCCCUAGGGGGACCUGACCCAGACCUCCACCCCGCCUUGCUGCCCUGGUGCCCGGCGCUAAGACCCAGCGGGCACGCCGGCCCGGCCCCUGCGCCCGCCCGCCCGGGGCCCGGACGCCAGCCCCUCCCGGGAGAGCCGGCAGCGCGGCGGGGGCAUGGCUCGGGCGGCGUGGGGGCUGCUGUGGCUGCUGCUGGGCAGCGCCGGGGCGCAGUACGAGAAGUACAGCUUCCGGGGCUUCCCGCCCGAGGACCUGAUGCCCCUGGCCGCGGCCUACGGGCACGCGCUGGAGCAGUACGAGGGCGAGAGCUGGCGCGAGAGCGCGCGCUACCUCGAGGCGGCGCUGCGGCUGCACCGGCUGCUGCGGGACAGCGAGGCCUUCUGCCACGCCAACUGCAGCGGCCCCCCCGCCGCCUCGGCCCCCGGGCCCGCGCCCGGCCCCGACGGCGGCGGCGGCGACGGCGACGACUGGGCCCGCGAGCUGCGGCUCUUCGGCCACGUCCUGGAGCGCGCCGCCUGCCUGCGGCGCUGCAAGCGGACGCUGCCCGCCUUCCAGGUGCCCUACCCGCCGCGGCAGCUGCUGCGCGACUUCCAGAGCCGCCUGCCCUACCAGUACCUGCACUACGCGCUCUUCAAGGCUAACCGGCUGGAGAAGGCGGUGGCCGCGGCCUACACCUUCCUCCAAAGGAACCCGAAGCACGAGCUGACCGCCAAGUAUCUCAGCUACUACCGGGGGCUGCUGGACGCGGCAGAGGAGACCCUCACGGACUUGGAGGCCCAGCCGUACGAGGCCGUGUUCCUCCGGGCUGUGAAGCUCUACAACAGCGGGGACUUCCGCAGCAGCACCGAGGACAUGGAGCGGGCCCUGGCCGAGUACCUGGCCGUCUUCGCCCGGUGUCUGGCCGGCUGCGAGGGGGCCCAUGAGCAGGUGGACUUCAAGGACUUCUACCCUGCGGUAGCAGAUCUCUUUGCAGAAUCCCUGCAGUGCAAGGUGGACUGUGAGGCUAACCUGACCCCCAACGUGGGCGGCUACUUUGUGGAGAAGUUCGUGGCCACCAUGUAUCACUACCUGCAGUUUGCCUACUACAAGCUGAACGACGUGCGCCAGGCCGCCCGCAGCGCCGCCAGCUACAUGCUCUUCGACCCCCAGGACAGUGUCAUGCAGCAGAACCUGGUGUAUUACCGCUUCCACCGGGCUCGCUGGGGCCUGGAGGAGGAGGACUUCCAGCCCCGGGAGGAGGCCAUAUUCUACCACAACCAGACCGCUGAGCUGCGGGAGCUGCUGGAGUUCGCGCACAUGUACCUGCAGUCAGAUGAUGAGAUGGAGCUGGAGGAGACAGAACUGCCUGUGGAGCCAAAGGGCCCCCCAUCCGAUGCUGAGUUUGAGGGGGAGGGCGACUACGAGGAGGGCGUGUAUGCUGACUGGUGGCAGGAGCCUGAUGCCAAGGGCGACGAGGCUGAGGCCGAGCCAGAGCCUGAACUAGCAUGAGAAGAGGGCCACCCCUGCACCCCGCAAGAGUUUGGGAAGCCUUGGCCCAAUGGCACCACCCUCACCAGCCUGGGCAGCAGCAAGAACUAUUUAUUAAGAAUGUAAAAUGGACAUAGCUGACCGGGCCCUAUCCCAUCCCACCUGUAGGUGCUGCCCCCCAGACCCCUCACACCUCCUCUCUGGACCACAGGAUGGUGGUGCUGCCGCUGCUGACGGCCCAUCUUCCUUCUGAUGCUCACCCCACCUGCACAGUCUCCUGGAGGAGAAGAUUCCAGCUCCUCCUAGUUGAGGUAUCACCCUGAAAUGCAGACAGCAGAGGGGCAGCUGGUGUCAUGAAAAGCACUGGACCAGGAGUCCAGCGUUUCCUGGCACACUGGCAGGGUGCUCAAUAAACAUUUCUUGUUGAAUGAAUCACA